AUGCGAUAUUGCAAUCUGUCCGAGUGUCCUUCUCUCUGCCAGUGGAGCGAAUGGAGUUGCUGGGGUGAAUGCGGCGCGACGUGUGGAAUCGGACAGCGCACUCGAAGUCGUAACUGCACGUCGCCGCCCGACGAAGCGUGUGACGUCACGGAAUGUGGGGGUAUGCGAUUUUCGUACGAAGAGUGCGACGCUCGAUGCUGUCCGCAAGACGGUGAUUGGUCGGGCUGGGGAGAGUGGAGCGACUGCUCGGCGACGUGUGGCUGUGAUGGGUAUCGGUCGAGAUCUCGGAGUUGUAGCGAUCCGAGCCCGAGGUGCGGCGGAAGCAGCUGCAUCGGUUCUGGUGUGGACAGACGGGCAUGCAACAAGGAGCCUUGUCCUUUGGACGGUGGCUGGAGUGAGUGGGGAUGCUGGUCGACGUGCACGGCAAGCUGCGGCGCAGGCACGCAAACGCAACGGCGGAAGUGCACUAAUCCGGCGUCGGCGUUUGGCGGCGUCGACUGCGUCGGAGCCGACAACACGACUCGUGCGUGCAACCCGGGCGACUGCGCCGUCGACGGCGUGUGGAACGAGUGGAGCGAAUGGGCGUCCUGCUCCCGCACUUGCGGCUCCGAAGGACACACCUACCGUCGACGACGUUGCGAGUAUCCGGUCAUCGCUAACGGCGACGGCGCCGGCUGCGAGGGUCAGACCGAAGAAGGCAAACGAUGCAAUAGGAAGAACUGUCCUCGAGACGGAGAAUGGGCGGCAUGGUCACACUGGGGCGACUGCGAAAGUACCUGUGGACGAGCAAUGAAGCGGAGAAAUCGAACAUGCACUAAUCCAGCUCCCUCGGACGGCGGAGCCGACUGUACUGGGUCCGACUCCGACUUCGACUAUUGCCUCAUCACCGAGUGUCCAGUCGACGGCGAAUGGACGGGAUGGACGUCGUGGACGGAGUGCAACAGACCGUGCGGCGGCGGUCUGACUCGUCGCGCGCGUCAAUGCGCUGACCCGGAACCGGCAUUCGGAGGCAACUUCUGCGCCGGCCGAGCAAGCGAAUCAAGAGAUUGCAACGCGCAACCGUGCGCGUGCGAUGGUUAUUGGAGUGAAUGGUUUGGCGACGGAUGUUGCUCGACACAAUGUGGUAUAGAAGGUCGACGGCGGAUGGUGCGUUACUGCAAUAGUCCCGAGCCUGAGAAUGGCGGUAGGAUAUGUCUAGGAGCGUCAGACCGCACGAUUAGCUGCUCCCGUCUUCACCACUGUCCCAUCGAUGGGUCAUGGGGUCAGUGGGGAGGUUGGAGUGUUUGCAGUAAGACAUGCGGUCGUGACGGACGGAGAACGCGAGAGCGGGAGUGCAACAGUCCUGAGCCACAACGCGACGGACUCGAGUGCAUCGGCGCCGCUGUUGAAAACCAGCACUGCAACAUCACGCCCUACUGUCCGUGUGAGGGAGGAUGGAGUCGGUGGAGCUCUUGGUCUACAUGCACUGGAGCCAUAGGCGGUCCCAAACAUCUAUCCCACAGAACAUGCACGAAUCCGACGCCCAACAACACGCAAUCGACGUGCCCGGGAGACAGGGAACGCACCAAAGGAUGCGUCUUCCACGUCGCCGCCCAUGGUCGCUGGUGCGAAUGGACUCUGUGGUCUUCCUGUUCCGUCACGUGCGAGGAGGGCGUGCGAGUUCGAAUUCGAGAAUGUGCGUGUCCGCCGGCGGCUGGUGGCGGAAGAGAAUGUCUCGGAACGAAUGAGGAGGAAGAAGUGUGUAUAUUACCCCAUUGCCCUAUUGAUGGUGGAUGGAGUAACUGGAACUGCUGGGGCGCUUGUUCCGUGUCGUGUGGUACCAUCGGCUUCAGAUUCAGAUCUCGCACGUGUACAAACCCCGCUCCUCAAAAUGGCGGCUCGCCAUGUCCCGGGCCCGGAUCGAAUAGAGAGGGCGACACUUGUUUGCCAGAAAUCUACUGCCCUCCCGAAAGGAGAUGGUCGGGUUGGGACGAGUGGUCAGGGUGUGGACGAACGUGUGGCACACACGUCACGAGGAAACGAACGCGGGUGUGCGUAGCCUAUGGCUUAACCCACACCGGCGGAGACUACUGCAAGGGAAGCGCCGCCGAAAUACGUUCAUGUAAUCUCGACGAAUGCCCAUGCGACGGCGGAUACUCGGUGUGGAGUCAAUGGGACGCAUGCUCGGUGACCUGCGGCUCUGGCGGCAAGCGCACGCGCACGAGGCACUGCACUAAUCCGCCUCCAUCUAACAACGGCUACAGCUGCACCGACCAGCCAGCAUCCGAAUCACAGAACUGCACGAGCGACGUCUGUUGUGCAAUCGACGGAAGUUGGAGUUCGUUUGGUGCGUUUUCGUCGUGUUCGCGAGACUGCUUUACCGGUAUACGUGUGUCCCUCCGAUACUGCAACGACUCACAGCCGCAGUGUGGUGGGAGAGAAUGCGAAGGGCCGAAUGCGAAGGUCGAAUCGUGCAACGAGCAACCGUGUCCUUGCAACGGCGGUUGGUCUCUGUGGUCUGUCUGGUCGCAGUGUGACAGAACGUGUGGGAAUGGGACGAAGACGAGACGACGGAGCUGUGACAAUCCGGUGCCAGUCAACGGCAUGGACUGCGAAGGAGCGAGCGAAGACCAAACAGAAUGCCUCGUGACGAAGUGUCUAGUCGAUUGCGAAUGGUCGCAUUGGAACGAGUGGAAUCCGUGUAAUAAGCCGUGUGGGCUCGAUGCCACACAGCAACGCAAACGCUUGUGCGUUUGUCCGGUCGUCAACAGCCAAGGUCUCAACUGUCAAGGAGCGGACACCGAGCCUCGAACGUGUGACCUACCAUUAUGUCCCUGCGAUGGUGAAUGGAGUGAUUGGGGUCAGUGGUCACAGUGUAGCAUCACCUGCAGGAAUUCCUCAAACAUUCAAGCCACUAGAAGUAGAAAACGAACGUGUACCAACCCAUCGCCAACCGACGGCGGAAACGACUGUGGAAGUGAUCCCACAGGUCUCAACAACACUGAAAGGGCUACCUGCGAGCAUCUCUAUCAUUGCCCGAUUGACGGAAGUUGGGGACAGUGGCGGUCGUUCGGCGCAUGCUCGAGAACGUGCGGCGUCGGCGUGAGUCGCAAGGAGCGCAACUGCGACCGUCCGUCGCCCGCCAACCGCGGCGCCUACUGCGCGGGCAAGAGCGUCCAACUACUGACGUGCAACAAUCAAUCGUGUCCGUGCGACGGCGGGUUUGGCCCGUGGGGCCCCUGGUCGGGGUGCAGUGUGUCGUGCGGUAGCGGUACCAAGCAUCGCGCUCGAGCAUGCGUUGCGCCGGUACCGUCAAACGCCGGCAAAGAGUGCGACGAAUCGAAUGCAUUCCAGACAGUCGAGUGCUACCAACCGUUUCAAUGCCCGCGAGACGGCUCGUGGACGCAGUGGUCGGCGUGGUCGCUCUGUUCGGUGUUUUGCGGGCACGGCAUUCGCCAGCGAUUCCGUACGUGUCAGAAUCCGGGCUUUGCGAAUCACUACAUGGAAGGGCAACAACUUCCGGGAAGAAACUGUCCCGGAAAAUCACACGACAUACAGACGUGUCACCAAGAAUGCAUCAGCGAUAGCGCUGUUCGGUGCUGCGAGCCUCGACCGUUGAUUGACGGUAGUUUCUCAGUACUGCAUGUGACUGUGUUGAAGGCGGCCGAGGUGGGCUAUUCGGUUGGUACCGAGAUUGUGUACGAGUGUGACGGCGAUAUUCCCGGAUUGACAUUGAAGUUGACGGGCCCGCGGACGAGACGCUGUACAAGUGACGGAAACUGGAGCGGCGAGGACCCGUAUUGUGUCGUCACCACCGAACUGACGUCCCAUCGAUUUCGAAGGUUAACGGGCGGAGCUACGGGAAGACGGGCUAGACGCAACGCUCCGUCUUUUCUGGGGAGAGUAUCGAGAGAAGUACGAAGGUCUAGGAACAAUUCGGACAAACAAGAUGUUGAUUACUGAGUCAGUCGACACGUUAACUGUGACUAUUGGUAGCAACUAGUGCCAAUUGGGUUGGUUAGGUUUGCAACAAUUAGUUAGGUUAUUACCCUUAUACACGUUAUUCAAAAUGAAAGCCACAAAAUAUAAAGAUUUCAUAACA